AUGGGGAGAAGUUGCAGAGGCCCGAUGGGGAUGAUGAUGUCAGCGGCAAUGCUGCUGAUGAUGGUGUUGAUGGUGCCGCCGGCCGUAGAAGCGCAGGGGGCGGAGUGUGCGCAGGCGCUGAUUCCCUGCCAGAAUGAUUUAGGGGUGGCUAAGCCGUCGCAGAAGUGCUGCGACCAGCUGAGUGAGUCCGUGAAGAAUGAUCUGACCUGCCUGUGCUCGCUCCUCAACGACACGGAGGUGUUCAAGAGCUUAAACAUCAACAUCACCCAGGCGCUCGAGCUCCCCAAGAAUUGCGGCAUCACCUCCAAUGAGAGUGUCUGCAAAUCCACCACGACCGGUAAGGAAUGGAAAGAAAACGGGAAUCCCUUCGUUACUUGUCGUUGCUCUCCGUGAAGUGAUUUUAUCGUGGAGAAUGGUGCAGAUCCAGUGCGUGCCCGAUCUCUAUGUUUUUGGUGAUCCUCUCUCUUAGAUCUCAACAUAGGUGAACCAACCCCUUGGGUACAUCAGCCCCGGGAUUCACGAAAAUGGCGAGAUAUGCUUGCCUUAUCUUCCUCCGGGGGGGGGGGAGUUACGUUUUGAGACCGUCUUCUAGAGAUCGGACUCAUAUGGGCGGGGAAUCGCUCGAGGAAACAGAUCGAAAUCAUCGAUUCUCCUUGCUAUUGUGUCCUUCUUCACGGGAAAUGUUUUCGAAUAGAGAGAGAGAGAGAGAGAGAAGUGAUCCUCAUAUAUGUGAAUGGUGUUCCUUCUUCUUCUUAUUUUUUCAAGUCACGAACGAUAUUUCUACUCACUUCGCUUUCAACUGAACAUAAUUUUAUCCUCUUCUGAUUAGGUGCGGACUCUCCAUCUAAACCUCCUCCAGGUAACGACUCCCGCCCUCAUUUUCCAUUUCAGCGCCGGCUUCCCCUUGGAAUUUGUAUCCGUGAAUGAAUCCAUCGCGAUUAGCAUGCCUGUCGCCGUUCAUGUCUCUCGAGGCUCCGUAAAAUUCUCCAUCUCCGCCUGUUCUUGGUCGUAGCCGUUUUGGUAGACUUCUCGGGGGUGAAAUCCCCAUCUCUCACCUUAGCGUUCCGACUCUCUGAUUGCGACCUCCUUCUGGCCGUCGACCAGUCUUCGAUCCAGUGUCCGACGCCGUAGAACAAGAAACCUACGAAAAUACCGUCACCUGCCGGUCGAAUUCUCGUCGGUCGGAGUUCCAUAAAUGAACUACCGUAGUUUCUUGAUCAUUUCAUGACCUGCUUUCCAUCCAUCUCCAUUAAUGACCCGCACUCUUAAUGCUGCAGCUACCCCCGGCGGUGGCAAUGGCGCCCCAUCCCUGGUUCACACAGACGGCCCCGGCCUGAUGGGUCUACUGCUGCUCUGGUGGGCCAUCGCCGCCAUGGCUUAG